GGGAGGAGAGAGAUGAAUCAGUUGUGGAAGAAGAAGAAGAAGAAAGAUGGGUGGUGGUAUGGAAGCAAAGAAGAACAAAUACAUUGAGGAUUGGGGUACUGCUAGAGAGAAUCUCGAAUUCAAUUUUCGUUGGACUCGUCGUAACCUUCUUCUUGUUGGUAUCUUCGGUAUCGCUGUUCCCGUACUCGUCUAUAAGGGCGUCGUCAAGGAAUUCCAUAUGCAAGAUGAAGAUAAUGGCCGACCAUACAGGAAGUUCAAGCCUUAAGUAUGGAAGAUGAUUUGUAAUAAUCAGGGUUUAUGAACGUUAGACCUUAUUAUGAGGCUACAACAUGUGCUUUAUUUUACUCGCCAAGGGUUGUUUAUUGAAGUAGUUUGGUUCUAUCAAACCACUUCAUGCUUGGCUGGCUUCAUUGAUAUUUCUGUGAUGUUAAGUUGCUACUGUUGUUCAAAAUUAAUAAUGUAUUUGGAAAACAAAAGCAUGAGUUAGACAAUAUUAUAAGAAAAAAUCAUGAUCAUGAAAAUACUUCUGAUUAACCAUGAAUGAUGAAUUAAAUACUAAA